GAGAUACGUGCCCGUAGUUCACAGAGUUUGUUGUCUAGUGACUGAACAUUAGCCAGCAAAAUGGUUGGGAGAGGAGGUCGGAGGGGACGACGUCUGAGUCUAACAAGUACGCCGGCUCUCUUCCCUCUUUUCCGGCGGCGUUUCCUCGGUCGCGUUUGUGCGGCCCAGACAAAGGGCUCCGAUGCGGUGUUGGUAAACAAACCGCCAGCGUUCAGGAACUCAAAGUCCGGUUUGCGUUUCACGACACAGGAACCUAUAUUUAGAAGCGUGUGUCUGUCGUAGGCAGUUAUGCAGACAACUUCCAACACGCAGGACAGCAGGAUAACUAGUAAGAUAAAUGAAAAACUGCAAAGUUUCCUCGGAGCUCGCAACACGGCUGCCAUGCUCGGCACCAUCUUGCCUGAAGAGAAGCUAGCCAAUACUCUGGGGACGCUUCUCUAUGCUGAUGCUCGGGCGGUGUGUGUGUGGUUCGUUGUCCGUAUAUACAUUACAACAAAGUGGAAUUCUUUUCCACACACCUCCCAACUAAGGAGGUUGGGAUCUGAGUGCAGGGACAGCCAUGAUACCUCUGAUGAACAACCCAAAUCCUUAACCACUUGAGGCUCCACUGCUCUGGAAAACUGCUUUUUUUUCGAACACUUGUGCUGUUGAAUUUCUUUACGCUGAAUUUCAGCCUUCAACAAAAAAAUCAGAGGACAAAAACUGUAUAUUCUUUAACCUAGAUACAGAGAAUGUGAUUGGUUAGAGUGUUCAAGGAAGUAUUUUUGUUCUUCCUGCGUGUGGGUGUGUACACGUUAAAACUCUACAGUAUCAGUAUAAACACAAUACUCUACAGUAACACCGUAACACCAUGGAGCUCUCUGUGAUUCUUGUCCUUUUAGCUGCUCUGCCACUAAACUCUGUGUUUGUGUACAAGUUCACCGAGCUGUCAGGCUGCAGUGAUUCUACAGAUGACGCUAUCUUAUUAUACAAUCUGGAUCAGAAUGAAAUUUUUUUUGAAGAUUACAAUUCAGGGCAGCAGUUUGGUCGACUUCCUCCAUUUGUAGACCCCAUCAAUUUCGACAACAUGUAUGAUUAUUCCAUUGCUAAAAAAUCCGAGUGCCUUCAGAUCAUGAAAAAUGUGAGUGCAGCAAUGGGUCAUAUACCUGAGGCCAAAGUUCCUCCAGAGUUCAGUAUCUACACGAAACACAAUGUGGUUCCUGGAGAAGAAAAUAACUUUAUCUGCUUUGUAAGAAAUUUCUAUCCUCCACACAUCACGGUGAACUGGACAAGGAACGGUGUGUCUGUGACAGAGAGAGUUUACAUCAGCCAGUAUUCACUAAACAACGACGGAACCUUCAAUUUAUUCUCCACACUGACCAGCUCUCCGAGUGAAGGAGAUGAAUACAGCUGCACGGUGGAGCACCAAGCUCUGGACUCGCCUCAGACUAGAACAUGGGAUGAACCAGUUGUACCGCCGUAUGAAACUCCGAGUGUUACCCCGACGGUGGUGUUUGCGGUGGGAAUUGUGGUGGGAAUUGUGGGAUUAUUCACAGGAAUGUUGUUUGUCAUUAAAGCGUCAUGUUUCAAAUAAGAUUCUGUUAUUGAGGAUAAUUCAAAUUACUGAGUAGAAAGUCGUGGCCUAAUGGUUAGAGAGUCCGACUCGUAAUCCUAAGGUUGUGGGUUUGAGUCUCAGGAAGGCCACGACUGAGGUGCCCUUGAGCAAGUGCCCCAACUGCUCCCCGGGCGCCGCAGCAU